UGACCGGGUGCAGUUGCUAAGCUAACUACUGUACCGGCGACAUCGCGUCUUGGUGUUUUAACAGCAGUCAACUUAUUAAUUUACAAAUCUGCAAUAUAGUCACAUUUGUUAGUAUCCACAUCGGAUUUUUGAACCAUUGAGUAUGCAAAGCUAGCGAGUUGUAGACAUAUGUUCCCAGAUUAGCUACCUAGCUAUCUAGUUACAUUGGCUAAUCAGACUACUUUGAUAAUUUUAUAUUUUAUAUUAAGGAGUCUACUUUGAGUAUAGUUUUAGUUUGUAGUUGUCUACAACUAGAGGUCAUAGGAACGAUUGGAAGGGGCCACGUUGUUCAGCUUGUGUCGGUUGACAACUCACGUCCUGCAGCAGUGCAGGUUCUUUAGUGGUGGUGUAGUAGACCUCAAGCGGGCCGGUCACACAUCAGUAGGUAAUCGACAACACCCCUGUAAAACUUGUAGCGGACAUUUGAAGACUGGGCGCCGGGCUCUAUCCGGACAGAGACCUCAUGAAUGGAAAUCGGAACUUCAGGAGUCGUUGGGGCCCAGGCCCUGUUCUCCGUCCCCCGGCGGCCUGGCUAUGGCACCAUGGGCAAGCCCAUCAAGCUGCUGGCCAACUGCUUCCAGGUGGACAUCCCCAAGAUGGACGUCUACCUGUACGAGGUGGACAUCAAGCCUGAGAAGUGUCCCCGCAGGGUCAACAGGGAGGUGGUGGACUCCAUGGUGCAGCACUUCAAGGUCACCAUCUUCGGGGAUCGCAAGCCGGUCUACGACGGGAAGAGGAGCCUCUACACAGCUAACCCCCUGCCUGUAGCUACCGCAGGGGUGGAUCUGGAUGUCACCUUGCCGGGGGAGGGGGGGAAGGAUCGCCCCUUCAAAGUCUCCAUCAAGUUUGUGUCCCUGGUGAGUUGGCACAUGCUGCAUGAGGUCCUGACCGGCCGCAGUGUGGCAGAGCCCCUGGACAUGGACAAGCCUGUCAGCACCAACCCUGUCCAUGCCGUGGAUGUUGUCCUCAGGCACCUGCCCUCCAUGAAGUACACUCCGGUGGGGCGCUCCUUCUUCUCCUCCCCAGAGGGCUACGACCACCCCCUGGGCGGGGGGAGGGAGGUCUGGUUUGGCUUCCACCAGUCCGUGAGGCCGGCCAUGUGGAAGAUGAUGCUCAACAUCGAUGUGUCGGCCACAGCCUUCUACAAGGCCCAGCCCGUCAUCCAGUUCAUGUGUGAGGUCCUGGACAUCCACAACAUCGACGAGCAGCCACGCCCACUCACAGACUCCCACAGGGUCAAGUUCACCAAAGAGAUUAAAGGUCUGAAGGUGGAAGUGACACACUGUGGGACGAUGCGCAGGAAGUACAGAGUGUGCAACGUGACUCGACGUCCGGCCAGCCACCAAACGUUUCCCCUGCAGCUGGAGAGUGGUCAGACAGUAGAGAGGACCGUGGCUCAGUACUUUAAGGAGAAGUACAGCCUGCAGCUGAAAUACCCCCACCUGCCCUGCCUGCAGGUGGGCCAGGAGCAGAAGCACACCUACCUGCCCCUGGAGGUGUGCAACAUUGUUGUGGGCCAGCGCUGUAUCAAGAAGCUGACCGACAACCAGACCUCCACCAUGAUCAAAGCCACGGCUCGCUCUGCCCCCGACAGGCAAGAGGAGAUCAGCAGACUGGUGCGGAGCGCCAACUACGAUGCAGACCCGUUUGUUCAGGAGUUCCAGUUCCGCGUGCGUGAUGAGAUGGCCCAGGUGACCGGGCGCGUGCUGCCCCCCCCCCUGCUGCAGUACGGUGGGCGGGUGAGCUCUGAACACUUUAUGCCCCAGCAGAUGACCCCUGCGAUGUCGUUGCAGAACCGCACUGUGGCCACGCCCAGCCACGGGGUGUGGGACAUGAGGGGGAAGCAGUUCCACACAGGUGUGGAGAUCAAGAUGUGGGCCAUCGCCUGCUUCGCCACGCAGAGACAGUGCAGGGAGGAGAUCCUCAAGGGCUUCACCGACCAGCUGCGUAAGAUCUCCAAGGAUGCUGGGAUGCCCAUCCAGGGCCAGCCCUGCUUCUGUAAGUACGCCCAGGGGGCCGACAGCGUGGAGCCCAUGUUCAGACACCUGAAGAACACCUACUCUGGCCUGCAGCUCAUCAUCGUCAUCCUGCCUGGAAAGACCCCCGUCUACGCGGAGGUGAAGCGUGUGGGAGACACUCUCCUGGGCAUGGCCACCCAGUGUGUCCAGGUGAAGAACGUGGUGAAGACCUCCCCCCAGACCCUCUCCAACCUCUGCCUGAAGAUCAACGUCAAGCUGGGGGGCAUCAACAACAUCCUGCUCCCUCACCAACGACCCUCCGUGUUCCAGCAGCCUGUCAUCUUCCUGGGCGCCGACGUCACCCACCCUCCUGCUGGGGACGGCAAGAAGCCCUCCAUCGCUGCUGUGGUAGGCAGUAUGGAUGCCCACCCCAGCCGGUAUUGUGCCACGGUUCGGGUCCAGAGGCCCAGGCAGGAGGUCAUCCAGGAUCUGGCCUCCAUGGUGAAAGAGCUGCUGAUCCAGUUCUACAAGUCGACCCGCUACAAACCCACCAGGAUCAUCUUCUACAGGGACGGAGUGUCUGAGGGCCAGUUCAGACAGGUGCUGUACUAUGAGCUGCUGGCGAUCCGAGAGGCCUGCAUCAGUCUGGAGAAGGACUACCAGCCCGGCAUCACCUACAUCGUGGUGCAGAAGAGACACCACACCAGGCUGUUCUGUGCCGACCGCAACGAGAGGGUGGGGCGCAGUGGGAACAUCCCAGCCGGCACCACCGUGGACACAGAUAUCACCCACCCCUACGAGUUUGACUUCUACCUCUGCAGUCACGCUGGGAUACAGGGCACCAGUCGCCCCUCCCACUACCACGUCCUCUGGGACGACAACUGCUUCACGGCUGAUGAGUUCCAGCUGCUCACCUACCAGCUGUGCCACACCUACGUACGCUGCACGCGCUCAGUCUCCAUCCCUGCGCCAGCCUACUACGCCCACCUGGUGGCCUUCCGCGCCCGCUACCACCUGGUGGACAAGGAGCACGACAGUGCGGAGGGCAGCCACGUCUCAGGGCAGAGUAACGGGCGUGACCCCCAGGCCCUGGCCAAGGCCGUUCUAAUCCACCAGGACACUCUGAGGACCAUGUACUUCGCCUGAGGAGCUCCAGGCCUCCCUCCCUCCCCCAGCCUGGCUGUCAGAUGUGAAGGACUGACCACUGACGAGGGCAGAGGCUGUCCUGGACUAGUCCAGGAGAACAGCCACGUUAUGCAAUACGAAACCAGCCGAUUGUCUCCAAGCUCUUGCCCCUCCCCUUUUCUUUCUCACAUGCUGCAAUUUAUGCAUUUUAUUUCAUGGGGAAGUCUCUCUGAAACUAGCCCUACGAGCUUGCAAGUCAUUUUUGCGCGCCUUACAGUUGUGACAGCUAUUACUGGUUGUUUUGAGCAUAGAAAAGAAAACUAAAGAUAGCCAGCGCUUGUUUUGGUUGUCCAGGUAACAGCCAUGAAGGCGAUGUCUAUGAGACGGAUGCGUGUUCGUAUUUGCGCGGUUGCCGUGGCAACGCCCUGUUGGUCAAGCGUGAGUUGUUUGCGUUUUUCACCCUUUUUUUAAUGUUUUUUUCUUCUUCAAAUGGUAGGUUUCUUUACAAAAUACUUCCUUUGAGAAGUGUUACUUACUUGCAGUUAUAGCCACAAAUAGUUGUAGCUUAACAGUAUCUAACAAUAUGGUAUAUAACAGUAAUAUAGUCUGAAAGUUCAUGUGGAAAUAUCCACUUUGAGAGGCUGGGAGGCUCUGCCUGCCUCAGGAAGAGGCAGAUCUGCAGAGGAAGAGGCAGAUCUGCAGAGAAAGAGGCAGAUCUGCAGAGGAAGAGUGUAUAUCUGCAGAGGAAGAGGCUGUCUGGUUUAUGACCCGGGCUGCAAAAUGGAUCUCCCUGCUCACAAGUUGAUAUUAGAGAAACUAUUGGGCUACUAGUGAUUUUUAUUACGCCUGCUAUUUGUGAGAUUUUAUUUAACACUUUCUGCAAUCGAGUAGGCCACUGCUUGCUUGGAGUAGUGAAUUGGGCAAGGAACUGAUAAAUGUCAGAAAAUCCUUUGGUUUAAUUGAUGCCGACGGAUAACAGACGAUACUGGGUUCCAGAUUCCUAUAUUUAUUCAAACUCUGGAUUUUGAAGGUAGAAGUAAGGAAUUUCCUGCCUUUUUAUGAAAUAUCAAGUUUUAGUUUAAUUUCUUAAAAUAAUUAUGACAAAGUGCCAGAUUUGCAUGGAAAGGAAACAAAAAAAUGUAGGUUAUUCUAAAAACUUGCUGUAAGGUAAAUCAACAACAGAAUCUCUCUGACACGCUACUGUAACAUGAUGAUGUGAUGUCCUUGAGACGGGGUUGAAGGCAGCGCACAACGACAGCGUUGUCCAUCGGAGUCACGGCGUUUUUAAUGUGAAAUGUUCAUCAGACAGACUGAACAACUGAAGUUGGAGACUUAAUUUAACAAAGCCGUUUUGUCGCUUUAACGAAUUUUGUGUUUUCUGUUUUACUCUUGCCGUGCAGUGCAGUAGACUCCCAAUGAGUUUAGUCACGUUCCUCUAGGACCAAACCAGUGUGCCUCAGGGUCUGGAGAGCGAGAAGGCUUUACAUCUGUCGUCUGUGUGCGUGUGUGUGUGAGGGGGACUGGGGUGUCUCUCUCGGCACCCCCAUACACAGAGGGAGCAUUUAAACAUGCUCUGCUGCGCUAACUGUCAGCCAUGAGUUCUCAAAACCAAACUAGCUGCUAUACAGGACUUUUAUACAUGUAUAUCGUUUUUCUGUGUAGACGGGUAAGAUUUUUUUUAUCAAUUUAAAUUUCAGUCUGUGAGGUUGCAAAAGGUGAAUUGUUUGAAAGGGUGCACUAACUUUUUUUUCUCAACUGUAUUCUAUAUAUGUGUGUGUGUGUGUGUAAUAUAAACAAUGCAUGACACUUCACUGCACUUAUAGAUGACAGGGGUUUUAAGGUGGAACGAAGCCUAUGGUUCUGCAGAGGAGAGAAAUACACGUCUCUCAAGGAAGACAUUGUGAACUUUUCUUUUGGUUUUUAGGCCUUUACAACUAUUUUACAGGACUCCUGCUUUAUCUCCCUGAGGGUACAGUUGAAAAUAAUUGAACCCGUGUGGGCAUUAAUACGGCUAACCCCAAGUUUUGCGCACGUAGAAGUGAAAGUGUUACAACCGAUGUUAGACGUUACCAGCAUUUGAUUUUACUUGAACGGCAAAGAUCAAAUCUGAUGACUUGUGGGCAACUGGGAAUAUGUAGCUAGUUGCUAUCCUGCUUUUUAUGAACAUCUGACAUCUGGACAGCAGGAACUAUUAUGGGUGCUUUCUCUCCACUUCUGUUGCCACGUAACAACGUUUGGAAGCCGUUAGGGGAGGUUAUAGCGUUCAGGGGUGCUGGGUGCUUAGAGACACCUCUGUCCCCGCUUAUGGAGAUGGUUAACGGAUGCAUUUUCACAUGACUAAAGCAUUUUUAAUUCUAAAUGAUGAUACUAUAUUUGUGUAUUUAAUAAUAAAUGUAAUUCACAAACUA